GUGUCAGGCUUUCCGGCUCAGGUUUCAUGUAUCUCAGAGGUACUAUCAAGGGAUCAGGUGAAGGUGGCAUUCUUGGGACGAACUAGCAAUGGAAAGACCACUACAAUAAAUGCCAUGCUACAAGAUAAGAUCUUACCAAUGGGAAUUGCCCGUACUACAAACUGUUUUUUCAGUGUAUAUGGUUUAGAUUUACCAGAUCCAUGUAUCUUGGUUCCAGGGAGUGAUGACAAAAAGAAUGUGGAAGGUAUGUCUUCCCAAAAAUCGUUAGAUGAACUUGCUAAUGCCUUGUGGGAAGAAGAGCUUGAUCCCAGCAGUCUUGUUCAAGUGUUCUGGCCAAAGUCCAGAUGUAAAAUUUUAUCAGAGGAUGUUGUUUUGGUGGAUAGUCUUGGUAUAGAUGUGAGCCCUGAUCUUGAUCUGUGGAUAGAUAAGUACUGCUUGGAUGCUGAUGUGUUUGUCCUGGUUGCUAAUGCUGAGUCAACACUUACGUUUGCGGAGAAAAACUUUUUUCACAAAAGGAGUCAGCUUCUUUCAAGACCAAACAUCUUCAUUCUAUAUAACAGAUGGGACGCAUCUGCAUUAGAACCCGAUAAGAUGGAGCAGGUGAAAAAUCAACAUCUCAGUAUGAGUACUAAUUUCCUUGUUGAUGAGCUCCAGUGUGUAGACAAAGGACAAGCAGAAGACAGAGUUUUUUUUGUCUCUGCUAAAGAGACAUUAAACACCAGAAUGCAGAAAAACCAAGGAAUGCCUCAAGGAGGUGGUGCCAUUCAUGAUGAAGGAUUUCCUGCUCGACAGCUGGAGUUUGAGAACUUUGAACGCAAAUUUGAGGAGUAUAUUUCUAAGUCAGCCAUACAAACCAAGUUUGAAUCUCAUGCAGUCAGUGGAUUGAAAAUUGCAAACACAUUAAAGGUUCUUUUGAAACAAAAAGUGGAUUCUGCUUCUCAGCAAGGAUCUAAACUGAAGAAAGCCAAGGAGGAGCAAGAGAAUAGACUGAAGUAUGUGAAGGAACAGCUUGAAAUCAGUACACGUGAGAUAAAAUGCCUGAUCAAGGAGAUCACUUUUAAAGUUGAGGGUCAGGUGACUGAGGCUAUGACAGAAGAGAUUGAUCGACUGGGCUUGCUGGCGAAUGAAUUCGAUCAUCCAUUCCCUACUCAUACUGCGUCGCUUAAAACGUACAAAAAGGAGCUGUACAAGGACCUCAAAAGGGGCUUGGAAAGGAAUAUAAUGGCUCUUUGUUCAAAUUCUCAAAUUCAAGUGAUUUAUGAGGCACAUAAAGAAAUGGGAGACCGCUUUCGUAGGCUUCUUUCGCCUAAAACACCAGAGUUAUCUCUUGAGCUCGUCACUCCAGCUCUUGAUUCCCAAGUGAACAUCGAACCAAUGGUUACCUUUCUGGCCACUGAUUUUCGUGAAGAUAUGGAGUUUCACUUCUCUCUUGGCUGGCAUGCAAUUUUGAGGAAGUUCUUGUGGCCUCGUUAUGCCGGAGUAGCCAUCGCUAUGGGAGCAAAUAUUCAGCGAAAUGUGCAGAGCUUGGUCUGUACCACACCAGCUGUCGAGCGAGGGCUAGCUUUACUAACGAUAAUCACUGUUACACUGGUACUCAUAGUUGGAGGACUGAUUUGGAAGAUUGUAGGAUGGUGGUUCAUGGCUUUGUGUGGAGGAUUAUACAUUGGUGUCUAUGUAAUUGAAAGGGUAUUUUGGACAGAUGGUGCUAAAGAGAGAGCCUUCAAACGACAGUUUACGGACUACGCUUCUGACAAGCUUCAGUCAAAUGUCAACGUCAUUAGUGCUAAGUGCAGUGCACAAGUAAAACAAAAAAUGACGAUAACCUUCGCGAAGCUUGAGUCUCUGGUUCAGAGAGAAGUGAAAAAUUUGAAAGAAAAAAUCAUCAAACUGGAUAAAGAAAUAACAAGACUUCAGAAAAUCGAAAACGAUGCGAAAAUAUUAAGGAAAGAAGCAAGUCAGUUGGAAAGCGAACUUUCCCGAUUCAUCACCGAGUAUGGCUCGGAAAAGAGCACAAUUUGA